CUUGAAUUCUAACAACCUUUCGAGAUCCUGCCUUUUGCAGAUUGGAUUCUGAUAGACCUUGUGUGGACUUAGGUGGAGCCUGAAUUUGAGAGACCGAGUUGCUACAGCCUCACUACAAUCGAAGCUGGGCUCGCCAAAGUGAUCUCCGCCGAUCACAGCUACUGCCACCGACUGCAUCCCUCAUACCUUCACACCGUCGCGAGUUGCACACGCACAGCCGCAGAUAUAAUCUACUCAGCUGUUCUGAGUGUCUCAUCGAGUCUACUCCCACUUCAGUAUCUGCAAUCGAGGCACGCGCCAGCACCAGCGCAACAAUGCUCUCACUCCCCUUCAUCUCCCCGCAAGACUCCCACGAGCUCUGGUUCGGUGCCCCUCACUCCUACCGAACCCUUUCCUCACAACAAUCCGGCCCCGAAAUCCCGGCCCAUCACGCAAACCGUCGCAACAAUGCCCAAAACCCAGCCAGUCACCGCGGCUUCUCCCACUCCCGCGCCCCUAACAGUACCCUCGCCGCUCUGCAAGCUGAAGAGCGUGCCCUACGUGUGCGCAAGAAUAACAUUGCCUCCUUCGGCUACUCUUGGAUCCGGCCUGCGGGCUGCGCCAAGACUAUGCUGGGGAUGAAAGAAGAAGAGGCCGAGCGUGAGGAGGCGCUUGCAGCGCUGGCUGCGGAACAGGAGGCCGCUGCAGCCGGAGGGCUUGACCCCGAUGAUGGGGGGAUAACGAUGGGUGAAGAGGGCGAGGAGGAAGAGGGUAUGGAACGCGACCUGGACGAUGAUAUCCCCGAGGCGGAGGAGGGGCUCGUGGAGGAGGGUGAAGAGGGACUCGAGGAGGAUGGAUUGGGUGAUGAGGAAGGGUUCAUGGAGCGGGACUUGGACGAUGAAAUUCCCGAGGGAUACCCCGAUGAUGACUACGAGGACGAAUCGGGGUUGUACGAGGAAGAGGUCGACGAGGACUUUGACAACCAGCCCGAUCUGGACGCGGAGAUCCCCGAUGCUGCCGGGAGCGAGGAUCUCAGUCGUGAUUUGGACGACGAUAUUCCCGACGCGGCGGAAGAGGGAUCCGAGCAGGAGGGCGAGUGGCAGCAUACGGAUACGGAGGACGAACUUGAUGACGAGAAUGAGGAUGAAGACCACGACGACGGGAGUAUUACACGCCCGCGCAUGGCGAAUUUCCGGACGAGCACGCCGAACAGUCGUGGACUGCCGCCUCCGCCGUUUAUGCGGCGGGAUACGCAGGGCGAGACUGACGCUCAGCGGCGAUUUAUCAAUCGCUGGAGUGGAGGUGGUGAUGCAUUGGACUCGAGCAGUAUGAUGUUCGAGGAGGAUGACCUGCGUGCUUCGGUUACUAGCCAGAGUAGUCGGCGCAGUGGCUUUGGUCGACAUUAUCCUCGUCGGGUCGGUGGUCCAAGGGAUAGCCUUAAUUGAGCCGGUGUUUGGCCUUGUCUUGCGCGAUAUGGCUUAUUUCGUCUUUUUAGCGUCUGCAUUGGGCUAUGGCAUUUUCUGGGAUGGAAUCAUGGAGUCAACGUGUCUUGUUGAGCUGGCCUAGGCUGACUUGGAGAUAAUGUACGAUAUUCACAACAUAUAGAUGGCUCAUUUUCACCUAGGCGUUCGCGUGGCAGAUGGAAAUCCAAUAGAGUCACAAG